UCUCUCUCUCUCUCUCUCUCUCUCUCAUUUAUUCUGUCUUGACUAUCUCUUUAUAAUAGUACAUUCUUACACGAUACCAGAGCGCCCUCUCAAACAGAUAUUACAUCCUCACUUGAAGGUAACCCCAGUCAUUUAUUCCUCAGUCACUCGCCAUGACACCACUACCGCCAGUCCAAUGUGCAAAUUGUAGGGAGAACACAAUCAAGCAGGCUGGAUGCGAGAGAUGUGGGGACGCUCCCAGAUAUGGGCCAGAUGAUACCAGUGUGUGUUACUGUGGCUUUGGCUGUCAAGAAAGCCACCGGCGAAGUCAUAAAGAUCAUUGCGACUUCCUCUACGGGCGAUCGAGGCUCCUCCGAGCAGCUCUCAUCCUCAAGAGAGCCCUGCUGGCGUACAGAGAAACUGUGUACGAUCUCGAUCUCACAGAUAUGCAAGAACAGGAGGGGGCUCUUUACCUCCAUCACAAUGAAAGGGACGCUUUUGUACAUUGCCCACGUGGACCCUUUCCUCGUAGUCGUCUUCAAGGUUAUAGAUCCUAUCACAUGGGGGCAGCUCUCACAUUUAAACAGGGCGCCACCUCCAUGGCGCUGUUGAGUCCAUUAGCCCGAAUGCUUUUUGAAGGUAACAUAGGACCUCGCAGUGAAUCCACCGAGAUAAGCUGAUUGACAUCCAACAGGCCGAGGCCAACUGUGCUUGUUCCUAGUCGAGGUGAUCCCGACGUGAUUCAUAAAGUGAUAAAGAUUGAGCGGCCGGAUGUCGGAGAGAAACGGAUCAUCGACGUGACAGGCCUUCAAUAUGGAUAUCGAUCGGCUCUCUCCCCGUUCGAUAGGUACAUUGAGCAGAGAACCCGUCAAGAUCUGCAGGAACCUAUGCCUUACGACUCCACCGAAACACAAGACCUGGGUUUCUUCGCAACGUUGAAAUUAAUGAACAGGACCCAGGAGCAGCGAGAUAACUUGAUGCGAGAAAGAGAGUAUCGCCUGCGAUUUGCAGAGUUUGUAAGAGAAAACGUCAAGAAGGAUAUUCUUGAUGGGACUGUUCAUGACGCUAAAACCAAGUCGAAAGAGUUUGCGACCAAUUUGAACUCACACAUGUCGGAUGUGGUACAGAGAAUUGGC